AUGACAGAAUCCGAGUCCUUCUCGGACAAGAUUGAGCCCUCUGCUCCAACGAAAAUUCCCUUCUGGCGCCUGGUCUUUGACCAGGGAGUCGUUACCCAAGAGAUUAUCGAUCAUCCAUACCCCGGUUCAGGAACAGAUGAGGACCCUUAUGCUGUAACAUGGAUCGCCAAUGACCCCCGCAAUCCUAUGAACUUCAGCGAGCUGAGGAAAUGGACUCUUACUGCUCUGGUGGCCAUCGCAACAUUGGCCGUUUCACUGGUCUCAUCUGCCUACACCGGUGGUAUUCAAGAGAUCAUGAUGCAAUUUCACAUCGGGCAAGAAGUUGCCACUCUUGGUGUCUCGCUUUUCGUUCUUGGUUUCGCGAUCGGACCAUUGCUCUGGGCUCCAUUGAGUGAGCUGUUUGGCCGCCAAAUCCUGUUCGUUAGUACCUACGCCGCCCUCACAGCUUUCAAUGCCGGUGUUGCAGGUUCUCAAAAUGCCUGGUCCAUUAUCAUUUUCCGAUUCUUGGCCGGUUCCUUUGGAUCCUCGCCUUUGACCAACGCCGGUGGUGUUAUCGCGGACAUGUUCCCCGCUCAGCAGCGAGGUAUCGCCAUGAGUUUGUUCGCCGCUGCACCUUUCCUUGGUCCUAUCAUCGGCCCCAUCGCUGGUGGAUUCAUUGGCAUGAGUAAUGGCGGCUGGCGAUGGGUCAUGGGUUUCCUUGCCGCCUUUUCUGGUACAGUCUGGAUCGUUGGUGGCCUACUGAUCCCCGAGACCUAUGCUCCUGUGCUUCUCCGCCGCCGUGCCGAGAGACUCUCGAAGCUGUCAGGCAAGGUCUACCGGAGUAAGCUUGAAAUCGACCAAGGCAAGAUUACUCUUAAGGAGUCCUUCAAGCUGUCACUCUCCCGUCCUUGGAUCCUUUUGUUCCAGGAACCUAUCGUGUUCUUGCUAUCUCUCUACAUGGCUAUUGUUUACGGCACCUUGUAUAUGAUGUUUGCCGCCUUCCCUAUUGUCUAUCAGCAGUCUCGCGGCUGGAACCAGGGUGUUGGCGGCCUCGCCUUCCUUGGUAUCAUGAUUGGCAUGUUGUUUGCUGUCGCCUACUCCGUCUGGGACAACAAGCGCUACAUCGGGGUAUCUAACCAACAUAAGGGCUUCGCACCACCUGAGGCACGUCUCCCACCUUGUCUCCUCGCAUCCGUCGCAAUCCCAAUCGGCCUAUUCUGGUUCGCAUGGACCAACUACCCCUCUAUCCACUUCAUGGUCAGCAUCGCUGCUGGUGUUCCCUUUGGCUUCGGAAUGGUCCUUGUCUUCCUUAGCAUCAUGAACUACCUCAUUGACUCCUACACCAUCUUCGCCGCCUCCGUGUUGGCCGCCAACUCGGUCAUCCGUUCACUCUUCGGUGCCGCUUUCCCUCUCUUCACCACCUACAUGUACAAGAACCUGGGUAUUCAUUGGGCAUCAUCAAUCCCGGCCUUCUUGGCGCUUGCCUGCGUGCCCUUCCCAUUCUUGUUCUACAAGUACGGACCCGCGAUUCGCACCCGUUGCAAGUUCGCUGCUCAGUCCGACGCAUUCAUGCGCAAGAUGCAGGAACAGGUUUUCAGUGCACCACCCGCAGAGGAGAAAGUGGAAUACGACCGCACAGAGGCUGCUGCGCCCGAAGGCUCAAUCUCUAGCGAGUCCCAGGACGGUGUUGACGAACUUCCCCGUACUGAACGUGCCCGCAGCCGUGCGCAAUCUGUCGCUUCCAACCGCACUACUGCCUCAUUGGCUCGCUCGGUUACCUAUGAGGGAAACCCUUACGAUAUUGAUCGUGUUCACACUCGUGACUCCUUCAAGCAAUAG